AUGAAGGCUAUCAGGCGGUCCUUGAAGGGCGACAAAGAUCCAAAGCAUCAUCACCACCACAUCUCCAUUACCCCUAAGUCCGCCCUUGCCAUUCUACCUCCUAAGAAGGUCAUCAAAGCCCUUUACGACUACAAACCAGAACCCGGCACCUUCCAGGAAUUGGCUUUCAGCAAGGGAGAUUUCUUUCACGUUAUUAGCAGGGAAGACGACAUAGAUUGGUACGAAGCCUGUAAUCCACUCAUCCCUAGUGCCCGGGGGCUCGUGCCCGUGUCUUUCUUCGAAGUUAUCGGCAAAAACGAAAGGGAUAGUGGGGGUUCGGUCGAUCUGCAUAAAAAGGAACACCACGACUCUGGUUUCGCCGACCGCGGUCCCGCUCCUGACUCUUCUCCCAACAACAACCGACAGCCAGUUUUCAGGAUGUCUGCCAUUGCCAAGGGCCAGGGCGCCAUGGUUUAUGGUAUUGUCCAGUACGAUUUUCAGGCGGAGCGACCCGACGAGUUGGACGCUCGCGCCGGCGAGGCCAUCAUUGUUAUUGCUCAAUCCAACCCGGAAUGGUUUGUCGCGAAACCCAUCGGCCGCCUCGGCGGGCCUGGUUUGAUUCCCGUCUCCUAUAUCGAGCUGCGCGACAUGCAAUCAGGUCAGGCCGUCACUGACCCCCUUGAAGCUGUGCGACGCGCUGGAGUCCCAAAGGUGGAGGAGUGGAAGAAGAUGACUGCCGAAUACAAGAACAGCAGCAUCACCCUGGGCAAGAUCGAUUCUUCCCCCACCAACAGCGGCAUGGGACAAAUGACUGGCGCAAUGGACCAGAUGUCCAUGAGCUCUGGGAACUCUGGCCACAUGAGCCAGAAUGGCAAUACCUACGGAUAUCACCAGCGCAAUGCCAGUAAAGGUACUCUGUCCUCGCAAGCUCAACAACCUUCACAGGCGCCCGCGCAAAACUACCCGCUGCUCGCCCCUGUCGCCGCUUCCAUCCCCCGUUACUGUUUCGACAAUGACAAGUACUGGUAUAUUAUUGAGGCGAAAAUGGAAGAUGGUCGAUGCUGGGAACUGUCACGUUAUUACCAUGAUUUCUAUGACUUCCAAAUCGCGCUUUUGACCCAAUUCGAAGAUGAGGCCGGUAACCGUGGACGCCAACGCACGCUGCCAUUCAUGCCUGGCCCCGUUACCCAUGUGACCGAUGCUAUUUCCAAUGGCCGUCGCCAGAACUUGGACGAGUACAUAAAGAAGCUUUUGGCCAUGCCCCCGCACAUUGCGCGUUGCACAUUGGUUCGCCAGCUUCUUGCGCCUCGACAGGGUGACUUCGAAAUCGACCCGAACGCAUUUGGUGAGGAGGCGCGCUACUCAGACAACUCUCACCACUCCUCCGGAGCGGAGCCCAGUCAGAGUGUGUCGCGACAGUCCUCUCAGAUGCCGAUGAAUGCGUCGCAAGAUCGAAUCUCGCAACAACAACAGAACCUCAGUGCACCAGGCUCAGCGCCUUACGGCAAUGGUGUUCCGCCCCCAAUGAACCGACAGGCGAGCUCCCUCACCCAGGUCUCCUCUACCUCAAACACCGCCAUGAAGGUCAAGGUGUUCUUCCAGGAUGACCUGAUCGCCAUCCGUAUACCUAACGGCGUCAGCAUGCAACAUCUCAAGGAUAAGCUUUCAGAUCGUCUAAAGAUUCAGGAAGACAUCAUCGUGCAGUACAAGGAUGAAUCUACCGGCACUUACAUCGACCUGCUCUCCGACUCAGAUCUGGACAAUGCAAUGCAGCGCAAUACGAAGCUCACUCUAUUCGUCAGCAUUGCAUGA